AUGGGUGCCCCGACAAUGUUCUCGUGGGUGAUCUUAUCCAUUCUACUCCUUCUGUGCUUGAUCAACAGUAGCGCUUCGGCGCAGAAUGAUCCCAUCAAGAAUUUCUGUCGCCGAUGGGGUCAUCAGUCAGCUGUAGUGGAUGGAAGGCUGUACAUCGAUGGUGGCCUAGCCAACUACCAGGAUGCAACAAACAACGUGACCAACACUUUUCUAUCGUUCAACGAUAUCGAAAGCGCCGACAAAAAUGGAAUGCCCCCAUUCUACGCCAAUCUAUCCAAGAAUGACACAAUCCCAAGCGUCAACGGUGGCAUUCUUUGGGAAGACUCGAUUAACAAAAGACUUUAUCUAUACGGUGGUGAAUACUAUAGUACACCGCCAGCGUCAGCUGACUUCUAUAGCUACGAUAUCCUCUACAAUAAAUGGGUUUCGUUCGGAGCUCCUCCACAGGAGGUUCAAGCCGCUAGCUAUGGAGCUGGUGUCUCAAUCUCUUCAAGGGGAGAGGCGUACUAUUAUGGUGGCUGGCUUAGUAACGCAUCUAUCAAAGGCUGGUCAGGGCCACCAAGAGCCUCCAGUGGACUUAUUAAGUACGAAAUGGACUCAAAUUCAUGGAGCAACCUCACUGGACCCGAUGAAAUGGGACGAGCAGAGGGAGCUAUGGUAUUUGUUCCUGCAGGGGAUGGUGGAAUGUUAGUGUAUUUUGGAGGCGGUCAAGAUUUAUACGGCAACGGGACUUUGACACCUCAGUCUUUGGAUGAGAUAUAUCUGUUUGAUGUUGCAAAUGCAAAAUGGUAUACCCAGAAGACGACAGGCGAUACUCCAAACGAUAGACGUCGCUUUUGCGGUGGUGCCACCUGGACAAAAGAUCAUUCAAGCUACAACAUUUACAUCUACGGCGGCGGAGGUUUCGCUCCAGAAACAACAGGCUACGAUGAUAUCUAUAUACUCACCAUCCCGAGUUUUCAAUGGAUUAGGGGACCGUACCCGACCUACUCUAACGGAACUGGAACCUACCCCAAGAGCAUGAUGAGCUGCAACGUGGUUAACGACGCACAGAUGCUCGUUAUUGGUGGGACCUACUCUAACGCCACUGACAAAUUUUGCGAUGUGCCGAUUAUCCAGGGCGCACAUAACAUGAACCUGGGUAGGCAGAACAAAGACAAUGCAAUUUGGGGGGCUUAUCAGCCCAACCUAACAACGUAUGUUGUGCCUAUUGACAUUCGAAAUGUCAUUGGGGGGAAGACUACUGGUGCCGCAACGAAGACAGUACCAGCUGGUGGAUUCGAUGCUCCAGACCUGGCUGUGCAAAUGGACCGGACAGCGCCAACAGGGGACAGGACUGCAACUCAGCCGUCAUCGGGACUUAGCUCUGGAGCAAUAGCGGGAAUCGCCGUUGGAAGCAGUUUGGCAUUUAUUCUCGCAUUAGCAGGAUGUGGGGUCAUUGUUUAUAGGAGGCGGAAGUAUUACAGCCAGGAUCAUGUUGUGGCGGCGCCACCACCGCAGAAUCAUAUGGUCAUGCCUGGGGCAGGAGGCUGGGCGUCUCCGGUAGCUCCGUCUUAUAACGGAGGACAAACGUGGCCCACGCAUCCCCCGUCUGAACUGACGAGUGAGCAAAGAUCGCCUGAUAUGCAUCGGGGAAUGAGCCCCAAGAGUGACAUUCAAAUUACCAGGAAUACCAAAGGGGCCCGGCCUGCAGAGUUGGAAGGUGAAGGUAACAUCCAUGAGUAUCAGGAGGGGCUGUCACCAUUGUCGGAAACUUCUCAGCAGAUUCAUUAG